UGAAAGUGGACAGACCCCUGCAUUUCUAUGCAUUGAGAUGCGCCUCUAUUACCGAAUAUGAGAUGAGAAACUAUGACUCUUCGACGAACCAUCUUCCGCUGGAUGGCCUAGGUAUGUCAGAGGUCCAUCUACUCCUCAUUCUGCCUCAUUCUGCGUGUCUAUAGUAGUGUAGUGUCCAGCUUGAAUCAGUUCUCGAUACUAGUUAGAUACCUCCUCGGGUAGCGGCCAAGCCAGCAUCCGACGCUGACCGCUGUCCACUAGUCUUGCGCUGCCUAUUGCUGGAUGAACCGGUUGGAAGCCCAUCGUUCGUUUCUGUACACCCAUGAGCCUAUUGCCAUCUUAAGGGGGGAACCAAGACCGUCACUUAUUAGUUUGUUCUGUCUUAUUUCCGGGGUUGAUACUUACCAUUGAUGAUACAUUCGUCUUUGGCAUCGUCCGGUUGCACCCCGAGCUGGUGACUCGCCUGCCCACACCAACGCCCUGCGUGUCCUUUACUGAAUGUGGUGGCCACAAGUUUUCAUAAGGCUGCCUUAACAUCCGUAAAUCCCUGAGCCCUUUGAAUGACAACCAUUCCCGAGGAUCUUAACGAAGAUUGUGACAUGAUGGAUUUCGUUAAUUGGGAUGCCGCAGCUGCGAGCACAGGCUUUGACCUGCCUCCUCACUCGGAGGGCGUGGACAAUAUCCCUAGUGUUGCCUCAGCUCCAGGCCCAGACCUAUCGGAGGAUCCUAACAUGAUGGGUCUCGUCUUUGGCGACGUCGAGGGGGACGAUUGGUCUUACUGGGCACUUCAACAUUACGAGUCGACCCAGCUGCAACAGAACACUCACAUCUCGACUCUCCCGGAGCUGGAGUCCGAGGAAGCGUCACCCGAGGCUUCCCAGUUUUCCUGGGAGACACCAGAAGCGCCUUGUACCAAUUGCUCUCGAUGGACCUACCAAUGCAAGAGAAUCAGGGAAGGUAAAUACAAGGGUUACUGUACGAGCUGUGUUGCACUUCGGCGACAGUGUAGCUUCGGCCCCACGACCAGCAGCUGUGCUCCAGAGGGUAGCGCCACCUUCCCUGCGAAUCCUUGGCCCACUAUGGGUGAUAGACCAGAGACCUCGAUCCUCCAUGAAGACGACCUGGCUGCCAUCGUCAACUCAGGAACCCCAGCGCCGCAGAGAACGGUGGUCGCGGAAGUGUUACCACUAUCACCGCGUCCCCAGCAUCAGCCAAAGAUCGGUACUCGAUUCUCUCGUGAAUCUGUGAGGAUACUCAAAAACUGGGUUGUGACGCACAGUCAUCAUCCGUAUCCCACAGAUGAAGAAAGAGAGAGUCUACAAAAGAUCACCGGACUGAACAAAACCCAAAUCACGAAUUGGCUGGCCAACGCCCGACGCCGAGGAAAGAUCCAGCCCACCCGGGCAACAUCACCACAUGUCGGCCGAGGAUAUGCCCAAGCCAUUGAUGUUCCGCAGCGAAGGGGCACACCGGGCCUGUUCGAAAACAUGAAUCCCCUGCAGCGUUGGGCUAACUCACCUCCUGAAAACGAACCUGCCUCAGUAACCGCUAUCGCCCGCGCCGUAUCGGCUUCAGGUUCAUAUUCAGCAACAUCAGGCUCCGGUCGCACCAGUCCUAAUGUAUGGAACUUAUCGGACGAUGGAUCAAGCAGAUCCCUCUGUAACCAGUCGUCUGCUAGUAGUUUGGGAACUUCGCACUCCAGUGGCGGCUCUUUUGCCUCUGCUUUCUCUAACCAGUCCCGUGGUUCCUCUAUCCCAUCGUUCAUCCGAAGCAACCGCGGCCGACGCCGACGCCGACGUGCACCACCAAAACGUCUAGAGGAACAGUUGAGCCAGCCCCUCAAGACUUUCCAGUGUACAUUUUGUACGGAAACCUUCAGAACAAAGCAUGACUGGCAACGCCACGAAAAAUCGCUGCACCUAUCUUUGGAACGGUGGAUUUGCUCUCCUGAUGGCCCUCGAGUCGUCAAUUCUGAUAAUAAACUAAGUUGCGUCUUUUGUGGCGAGGUAGACCCGGACAAUGAACAUAUCGAGUCGCAUAAUUUCUCGGGGUGUACAGAACGGACCCAGGAAGAACGGACAUUUUAUCGCAAAGACCAUUUACGACAACACCUACGACUUGUCCACGAUGUUAAAUUCCUCCCCUGGACCAUGGAUAAGUGGCGAGUCACAUCACCUGCCAUCCGGUCGCGAUGUGGUUUCUGUGGUGUUGUUCUCGACAGCUGGACCGCUAGGGUUGAUCAUCUGGCCGAACACUUUAAGACAGGUAAUACCAUGGCUGACUGGAAGGGUGACUGGGGUUUUGAUACACCCGUUCUCGAAAUGGUCGAGAACUCUAUUCCUCCAUACCUGAUUCACGACGAGAGGCAAUCGCCUAUGCCUUUCGAAGCUAGUCAGCCAGCUUCUGGUACUCCGACUAAUGCAUACGAGCUUUUGAAAAUGGAAUUGCAGUGGUGGAUAGAUAACAAGAAAGAAGAGAUUGGCACAUCUCCCAGCGAUCCAGAGAUCCAAUACGAGGCAUGCCGCAUCAUUUAUGGCGCCGAGGUGAUGCUAAAAGGUGUAGGGAUGUCGUCCCCUUCGUGGCUAUGUGAUCUAAUGACCUCUUCCGAGGAAGCCAAACGCCAAGCGGCCUUCCACCCGCGAGUAUCUGGCUCUAGUUGUCUAUCCUCGCUUCGUAUUAAUGGGAAGUCCGACAUCUUUGAGAAUUGUGAAUUUGAGAGGGAAUUGCAGGACUACGUCCAAGCGAAGUUGUUAUUGGGCUUAACUGCCAUGGAUCACGAACUACAAGAUGAAGCAUGCCGUGUCUUAGGAAGAAUGGAGGAGAGGUCGAGUAAUCCAUCUGAGACUCUCGCAAAUUGGGUUAUCCGCAUGAUCAAUUCUUCAUCAACCUGGCUACAAGACUUUCGACAACGAGCACACCUUCCACGUAGCGAGGAUGUCGGCGAUGCCUACAAGCGAUCGACUGAUCCUAAGACAAUUGAUUCUACCAUCCAUAACUACAGCCGCUUGGAGGCUGAACUUGGAGAAUACCUUCGGCUUCAAAGAUCACUGGGCAGUGAGCCAACAGAUGCUGAUUUGCAACGCCAAGGAAGAAUUAUUGUUUAUGAGGUCGAUGAUGAAUGGAAUCAAACCGCGGCAGAUGACAAGGACUGGCUAGAGAGUUUCAGAGAAAGGCACCCCGCAAGUUUACCUGGUCCAAGUCCAGCAUCUAGUGGUUCCCUAUCAAAUGGUAGACACCCGUCCACAGCUACGAGUCAAUCGACGCCAGUAGACCUGUCACACGCAAUGCUUGCGCCUGAUAAACUCCUAAAGGCCGCCAACGGUCAGUCUCCUGGGGGGUCCAGUAUCAGCUCGAUAAAGCCGGGCGCCAGGUUUCUGAAUGACGCAAACUGCUAUCGCCGCUUAGCAAAGGACCUCAACCGGUUUGUAGCAGCAACUAUGUCUACCAACAACCCCAAUCGACACGUGCCUACAGACGAAGAACUCAAACACCAGGCACGAUGGAUAGUAUAUGAUGACGAUGAUCCACUUAACCAGACGGCAGCCGACAAUGCAGAGUGGCUGCAAAGAUUUAAGAUCGAUGCAGGGAUACUACCUUUUAAUUCUGGUCCAGGUCUAGGAAUAUUGUCUGUAGCAUGGAGUAUCAAGGACGGCGGCACUGGCUUUGAGCCACCUUACGUUGCUCCCAACCCCACGGCUAUGAUCAAGCCACUGCACGGGAACCCGCAGAUAUAUCUUCGAGAUGACGCGAAGCCUUUUGAAUCCGAAGCUGCUACCGCAAACCACUUCCUCCGGACUUUCACUCAGCGAUAUCCAGCACCUGCCAAAAUCUUCUGCAGCCGAGACCUUGAGAAUGGACUGACGGAAUACGUCAAACGCGAGCUACAUAAAACGGGCGUUUUCCCAAGCGAUGCACAGCUCCAAGAACGGGCUCGGGAUAUUAUGAGCAUGCAAAAGACGCCCUGUGAUGAUCCUACUCUCCUUGGCAAGUUCAAAGCGGCUCUGCAAGGGACCAUCCCUGCGCAGCAACCUCUCCCUAUGAACAGUAGUCUCCCGCUUGAUUUCCCCUUAAGUAUCCCAGCUCCGAUUCCUGCAGCCUCUGCACUUUCCGCGGGAUUAGCUUCAUCUAUACCUCCGCCAGCCACGGCGCUUGCCGUCCCGGUCACUGAACCCUGGUCUACAGAGAUGGACCUCGACUUGAGCUUCACAGAGCAGGAACUCAAUGAUAUACUUCAGGAUGUUAGCUACGGCAUUACCGAUAAUGCCCAGCUCAAUAUGGUCGCCACCUCUCAAGGCGCCACCGCUGGAGGAUCUAGCAUGCCUAUUUGAUCAAUAACUCUAUUAACGUUUAACUUGGUGUGAUUGUAAGCUGUAUAUGGAGAAAAGCUCGCCGGUAGGCUACAUCGGGAUUCGGGUACGACACGAUUCACUCUCUCGCUGUGCUAGUAUAUAUACCAAUAUUCAUGGAAAUUUCAAACACAUUCUUAAUGGCACUGAGCGCCACCGCGAUUGAAUCACUGUGACGAGUACCCUUUCUAUUAUCACUUUAACUUCCACGAACGCUCCAAUACCUGCCAAGAUAGUAAAUAUCCAAUCAGAUCUCUUAGACUUGUAUCCUACUUAAAUAUAUAACCA